UAAGAAUGGGAAAUUAGUCUUCAAACAAAAAUAUAAAUGAAAAUAUAGUUCAGUAAUUCGAUUAAAUUUUAAAAUCACCGAAUCUUUCUGAAAUAAGUAAUCGAUUAAAUGCAUUUUACAAUAAUUAGUAUUAAUUAGAAACUUGGAUAGAGAGUUUAGAGAAAAUAGAAAUCACUUCAAAAGAAAAAGACGAAAAAAUAGAAAAGAUAUUAUUUGAAUCUAUUGAUUUUAUAUUUACAAUAAGUUUAAAUCAUAAAAAUUUAAAUGCAAAAGAAAUAAAUAUUAUUAAUAAUAUUUUAGUUAUCUUGACAAAAUUUUUACCAAUUUUAAAUGAAAAUUAAGAAGUUUUAAAUUAAUAUUUAUGGGAUUGCCCUAAUUAGCCUUAUUCUAUGUAAAAGAUGUAACUUAAUUAAAAUAAAGUACUUGUAGUUUAUAAAUCUGAUGAUUAAGAAAUUGAUAAUAAAAGGCAAAAUUGUGAAUCUUAUGGUAUUAAGCUUAUUUAAGCAUUAUAAAACUUAACUUCUUUUCCAUCCUAUACUAUAUAAAAUAUGGAUGAGUUAAAAAAAAUAGACUAAUUUGUCCAUAAAGAUUUAUAAUUAAAUAAUAAGUUUCUUUGGACGAAUAUUUUCGAGGAUAGUCAUCCAAAUGAAAACUCUAGCUUUUUAAAAAAUAGGUUUAUAUUGCUUUCUUGUAUUGUAUCGUGUAUUUCUUCAACACUUUUUGUGCCUAAUUAUGCCUAAAAUUACUAAAAUCCUUGGUUGAUUUUUUUAAGUAGUUAUGGAAAUUAAAACUGUGUUUAAUUUUUUUAAAAUUUAUUUUUUAGUUUAUUAAAUUUUAAAUAUUAAAGUAUUAAACAUAAAAAAUAUUAAAAAUAAAUUUCUUUACUUUCAGCUUAAAUUAUUUAUGCUAUUUUAUGUCAUAAUAAUGGAG